CGUUAUUUGAAUCGAGCGGUUCUGCGCUUAACACCUUUCUUGAUACUAUUAUUUGAACGCGAAUAACCGGACGUUUUCGCAGUCUCAGUUGAAAUUGCAUCUAUCUAUCGUGAAUUUGAUCAUUUUAAAUAAAAUUUGUGCGUAAAAAUACAAUACAAAAAAAAACCUGAGCAACAACAAUCAAAACGUUUAAAAGUGAAACUUGUGCGUGCGUUUCUGCCGCUAAAAUGUGAACAAAAAUCAGUGCAAAAUUGUUUAAAAGGUAACAGAAUAAAUACCCGUACAAAGGGAACGAACCCCAAGAUACCGGGCAUUGAAACUGAACCAAAUACCCAAGUCUAAUUGGAUUUCGUGCGCAAAUUGAAAAAUAUCCAACGGCAGCAAAACACACACAAAAGCAACAAAUACAGCGCAACCUGUAGCUUUGGCUUUGAUUUUGGCUUUGGAUUUGGCUUUUGUGUAAGCUGUGAGGAGCGUAAGGCGGAAGCCAAUUGAACCCGAACAAAUGCAAUUGUUUCAAACAUAAAGCUGCAGGCACUUACCAGCGUUGAGCCGCGCUUUUACCUGUUCAACAACUAAUCAACCAUUAAACAACGUGCAACACAAGCCAGCUAGCAAAUAUCAACCAACAACAAAAUGUGGUGCAUUGUUAACUUGCCAAACGGCACACAACAGGCCGUCAAAUGGGAUCCGAAAGCCAAUGGACAGGAGUGCCUAGAGAAGGUUUGUCGCGCCCUGAACAUCAUCUGUGAGAUGGAAUACUUUGGCCUGGAACACUGGACGCCCAAUCAGAAGGAGACGCAGACGCGUCAGUGGAUCAAUCUGAGGAAUCGGCUGUCCUGCGACAGCGGCAGCAGCGGCAGUGGCAUCCAACUGAUGCUGGCCCUGCGCGUCAAGUUCUGGGUGCCCGUGCACUUUAUCCUGCAGGAGAGUGUGCGCAAUCUGUUCUACAUGCAGGCACGCCGAGACCUGGUGGAGGGGCGGCUCUCGGCCAGCGAUUGGAGCAAUGCGGCCAAGCUGGCGGCGCUGCUCUGCCAGGCCGAUGGCCUGCGCUUCAAUGAGGCGGCCCUGAGGGCCGAUUGCCCCAUGAGGAUGCGACGGGAGUUGGCCCAACAGCAGUUGCAGCAGCAGCAGGCACAGCAGCAGCGGCUGGAGCAGCAACGCAAGGAGAAGGAGCAUGUGCUGAGCUUCAAGAAGCGGCGCCUGUCCAAGCAAAAGUCCAUGGAGCAUAUCGAGAACUGUGCCCUGCCCCUGGCCGCGACCAGCUGCAGCCUUCAGCCAUCGCCCUCCACCUCCGCCACCACAUCCCACACCUGCUCCCACACCCACUCCAACUCCAGCUCGACCAGCCCCAGCAACAGCAGCAGCCAAACGGGACUGGACGAGCGCCUGGCCAGCAAUCCGCUGCGCAUGUACGAGGAGUACGUGUUCCUGCCCAGCCCCGAGAGCGAUGCGGAUGCCUCCGUGCCAGAGCCACCGUCGGACUACCUCAGACAGAUCGCCACCGAGCACGGCAAGCUGGCCAAGCUGCAGAUGAGCCCCAAGUCGGCCAAGUACUGGCUGCUGCAGUCCAUUCAGGACCUGCCCGGCUAUGGCGAGGAGCUCUUCAGCGGCGUCACCACCAACGAGAGCGCCACCCGCUGCGACAUUGCCGUGGGCGCUCACGGCAUCACCGUCUGCCGUGGGGGUGAGAAGCAAAGCAUCCCCUUUGGCGCGAUUGCAGCCGCCAAGUCGCUGAGGCGCACCUUCAAGCUGGAGUAUGUGGACGAUCACAACGAUCGCAAGGAGCUCGAAAUCAAGCUGCCCAAGCAGCCCAUUGCCGCCGGCCUCUACCGCUCCAUUACGGAGCGUCACGCCUUCUAUGUGUGCGACAAGGUGCGGGGCGUUGUGACCAAUCAGUUUACCAGGGAUCUCAAGGGCACCAUUGCCUCCAUGUUCAAGGAGGACACGGAGCUGGGCAAGCGUUAUGUGUUCGACAUUCAGCACACAUGCCGCGAGGUGCACGAUCAGGCCCGACGGAUUCUGCAUGAGCGUGGCGGUGAUGCGGCUGUCCUGGCUGAGGCUGAUGGUGCUGUUGCUGUCGCUGCUGCUGCUGCUGCUGCUGGUGGUGUCUCCUCCGAUGCAUUUGGCGCUGGGGCGGGCCCCAGUUCUGGUGCUGGUGGCGGCUCCAUGGCCGGCAAGAUAGAUUUGGCCAUACGCGAGAAGGAGGCGCGUGAGGCGGCGAUUGAGCGCUGCGUGGACACGCGCAUAUCCGAGGCCAUGCAAUGCAAGAUCUGCAUGGAUCGCGCCAUCAACACAGUGUUCAAUCCGUGCUGUCACGUGAUUGCCUGUGCCCAGUGUGCCGCCAGGUGCAUCAACUGUCCGAAUUGCCGGGUUAAGAUCACCAGCGUGGUCAAAAUCUAUCUGCCUCCGGAGCUGCGCACCAGCCAGUCGGAGAGCGGCAGUGGCGGUGGCGGUGGCGGUGGCAGCAGCAGCAGCACCACCACCACCACCACCAGCCACAUCCAAAGCGAUGGCCCCAACGACGCUGAGUUGCAGCUGGACGAGAUCUCCACGGCGGCAGUAACAGCCGGAGAAGUAGCUGGGGCAUCAGAAGCUGCGUCUGUGGCAAGCGCAGCCGAGCCUGGUGGCGGCCAGGCCAAGGUGACGACGGCCGCCUAGAAUUGGUUGUGCUCGCUGCUGUUCCGGCUGAUGGAAUGGGUGUGCGUGCCGAUUGUCUGAGAAUCAUCCGAUAACCAUCCACUAAGACCAUAAUCUAGAGGGAACAACAAAUCAAAAUCAAAACAAAAAUCAAAAAACCAAAAAACCGAAUCAAGAAACCGAAGGGAAUGUGGGGAGGGUAGAACAGAGAACAGAGAAGAGAGGAGAACUCUGUGAAACAAUCUUAGCUAUAUCUUUACUCAAGUAUUCUAUGGACAUAAGCAACUGGAAGCCGUAACUCUAACGUAACUCUAACUGUAGCUAGCUUUAGAUACUCGUACGAUCGAUCUGUAUACCUGUUUAGCUGUAGACUCAAUGAGAAAGUGCUAUUUAAACUCGUCUAAGACUUCAAAUGCCUAGCCCUAUGCCUAGUAUCUAUAUAUACAUAUAAUUGCAGAUUGUUUCAUAUACACCCUAUGCUAUAAACUAUAUACUAAACUAUACUACGAUCGUUAUAGAUCAGCGAUAUAGAUACCUUUUACGACAUCAAAAUGAUGAUGAUAUUAUGAUAUAUGAUAUAUGUAUAAUCCAUAUGAAUGUACAACCUAGCGACUACUUACAUCGGUUACUUACUAAAUGUUAGCUAAUUUUACCAACUAAACUCGAGAUGUAUUUACUAAUGCUUAGACAUUUUAGUAUUUCCAAACCAAACCAAACCAAACCCAAACCCAACCCCUCUACCUUACACCACCACCACCACCACCCCCAAAACACCCUUAAUGAAGCCCAAUUCUCAUGCAUACAUAAUAUACGUAUGUAGGGGCAUAUUCUGUGUGUUGUGUUGUGUGUAUGUGUUAUGUGUAUAUAGGACAAGCGUACAAUAAUCGCAAAUCUAAGGAGCAAAACUAGUACUAAGUACCUGCAAAACAAAAAACAAAAAACCUGCAUCUAAACGGAAUCAAAAUACGAAAACAAAA